AUGACCCUCCUGGCUCAGACCCUGGCACUGCUGGCAAUGACCGUGGUCACCGUGGCAGUCAAGGUGGUGCCCCUGGACAUGGCCCAUGACUCCUUCAAUGACCAGCACUGGGACUGCAGCCCUGCCAUGAUUGCAAAAUUGCCGGCCCUCCACUGGUCUGAGUCCCAGCAGAACCCUCUCUUUGCCCAGGCCUGGCCCCAGGCCAUCGCCGUCAUGGACUACAUGAUGGAUGACCUGUACAAGGAGUUCAACAAAGCUGUACGCACGGCCGGGAGCUCCAGCCAGGAAUACCAGAACAACUUCCACUUCAAAACACUGCAUUUCCUGCUGACUGACAUCCUGGUGAUGCUGAGGAACACUUGGGGACCAGGGUGUCACUAUGUGUACCGGGGAGUGCGCUGGGUCUGGUUCAAGGCAGAGCACGGUGACAUCGUCGGGUUCGGUCAAUUCACGUCGGCGUCGCAAAGUGAAGGAACUGCCAAGGUCUUUGGGACUGACACCGUGUUCCAUGUGCACACGUGGCACAGCGUGGAAAUCCAGAAUUUCUCCUACUAUCCUCACGAGAAGGAGGUGCUGAUCCCACUCUUUGAGACCUUUGAGGUCAUCAAAGUCAGCCAGGAAGGAGAGAGUGCGUGGAUCCAGCUCCGCUCCACUGGGACCUUCAGCAACUACAACUGCGAGUGGCUGCGAGGUGGGAGCGUCCCCAGGGCUCCCUUCCAACUCAGAGGACUCCUCCUGGGCACCACAGCCACUGGGAUCCUCUGA